AUCGUGCGCAACAGUUUGUCGGAAUUCGAGCUGAGACCCCCCUCCCCUAAACACACAUACAAAAACAUACACGCGUUCAAGACCCACGUGUUACACAUUAGCUUACAUGAGAUCUGGGAGCUUUAAUUUAGGAGAGCUCAUGACGUGGGCUGUUUUGGACGCCAUGAAAAUGGAAAAGGCUACUAUAACCCUAAUUUAAGCCUAAUCUUAAACAUAGCUCUAUUUCUAGCCCCUUUUUCCGGUUUGUGGAAAACUGUCAUGGCAUCCUGAGCAGUUCUCCUUAAAAAAGUUGUACCUAACUUUGAACUAGUGUAAACUCUCUACUGCCGGGAUGCUGGAUUGCCGCCACCACCAACAAUAAUAACCACAACACCACCAACAACAAUUUUCUUAACUCUUGUGAAUGGAUUAGGAAACAGCGGACGGUAUGGUCUGAUGCUGCUUAUCUGCCGCAGCCACCUCUGCCAGCGACCAUUUCACAGACAUGGACAGCUUCCUUCCUUUCGAUUCGGAUUUUGACCUUGACUGUGGCGACCUCUUUAACGGGCUUCCAGGUUCCCCCAGAAAGACAGCUUUCAUAACUCAGGAACACUGCAACAGCACGACUCCCUACCCCAACGGCUUCAUUGCCAGGGCUACAGCUUCAUCGUUAUUCGUUAGGAAAAAUUCAGAUGACGACAAUGCAACGGAGGAAUUCCUCAUAAAAACACCAGUGGUGCGGACAACUACGUCUCUCUUGUUGCGUAGGGUGACAAGCGAUGUUUCUUGCAGCUCUCCUUUCCUAGAUAUGCCUUUCUUUGCCAGCCCUGCAUCUGCUACGAAACGUCGAUUUGAGAUGCUUUCAGAGGCCGACAGGAAGCUGCAGAAGCUUACAGAAGCAGUGAGAGACAAGGACAGACUCUUGGUGUCUAGCAAGGAACCAUGUUCCCCGGGCAGGCCAAAUUCUCCAAUGUUGAUCAGCACAGAAGAUGAGAAUACUUUCUAUUUUGGCAACUUUGAAAGCAUUAAUCAAGCCAUAUUGGCAAAAAAGAAAAACGCUCCAGGUGACCCUGAGCAACCUGCGUUCCCACUGCAUGCUUGUCCGUGGUCAGCUGCCAAUAAACAAGGAGACGCAGUGAAGAUGGGCUGCUCCGUGUACGCGAGGAUGGGGUCGACAUUCCACAAGCUGCGGCUCCUGUCGGACGUGGAAGAAUCCCAGGAUGUUCUCGACGAGGCAUCGGCGAGAAACUGCAAGCGUGCACGUCAGAGCUCGUGGAAAGAUGCGACCGUCGCCCCGCACAAAGAGGAGACAAACCGUGAAGAGGAGAGAAUCAAGAGCGCAGUGGAAAUACUCAACUCCAGCUCCGUCAUCGCAGAUGGUUCAGCGCCUUUCGCUUUACCAUGUACUUCAGGAAACCACAAUUCCCAAAAGUAUAUUACAGUGGACACGCUUGCUCGUCUGAUAAGAGGGGAGUUUGCCGACGUUGUUCAUCAUUAUGUCACUAUCGACUGCAGAUACCCGUAUGAGUACAACGGCGGUCAUAUCAGGGGUGCGACUAAUCUAUAUUGUGCUGACAGCGUGGACGAGAUCCUGAGCUGGAAAGUCCACCAGACAGAAAACUCCUUAGGGCGGACGGUUCUCAUUUUCCACUGCGAGUUCUCUUCUCAGAGGGCACCAACUAUGAUGAGGCUUCUGAGAAACGCCGACCGAAAGAGAAACUUACAUUGCUAUCCAUGCCUCUGCUACCCAGAAAUCUAUCUUCUGUCCGGGGGAUACAAAGUGUUUUUUGAGAAAUGUCCGGAACUUUGCGAACCGAGCGCCUACACCCCGAUGAACCACCCCGACUUCCAGGAGAACCUCAGACUUUGUCGUACCCGCGCAACGACGUGGCAUGGCUCAGAAAAACUCUCCAAGCACAAAAACAGCCUCAUUUUCUAGAUCGCUUGUCAAAAUGGUAAACUUGGUACUGACAACGAUAAAGGGGUAGAGAGACAACUCCCCAGAUACCCCAACAACACAAGAAGGACCAAGAAGGUGAAAUCCGGAAGAACGCACGUCUGCUUAUUGCAGUGACGAGCGUGGAGUUUACUGGGACAUGGGCCAUGCAAGUUUUUCUUCACGAGUUUCCUGUCACGGUGAACGUGAAUAUAUCAGGUUGUGCCAGCUUCCGAAGAACAUGGUUGUAACGGUGUAUUUUUUAAAAUGCUGUUACAGAGACUUUCCCAAAAGAGUCUUUUAUUCUAAUCGAGAAACUGUGAUCUUCUGCCAGGGCAGGUGAGGAGACUCACAGAGCUACUUUCCCUGGUGGUAAGUGUGCUCGAAUGUAAGGCAGAGGGUUGCGGGUUGAAACCUGUGUUUAGAAAACUUCCUCCUGCCUACCCAGCAAAAAUGGAUACUUGAUGUGCUUGGGAAGGUACAGGGUUGGGCUUCGCCUUCCCCGAUUCGUUGCCUAGACAUGAUGAGCCCUCUUCCGUUCACUGAACCACCAGUCGGAAGCUUCGCUUAUUUUUUAUAAUGGCAGAAAGAGUUCUUAAAGAAUGCAUAACUUCUAGGAAAUACCAGGACAGUAGUAUUCCUUGGCAGACGAAUAAGACUGAAACCUCAAGCCAACAAUCUUUCAAUAGUAUGGAAAGAUCGACCUUUCGUCCCACCUCAAAUGUUGGCUUCAUAGUACCUGAGAAUUGUCAUUGUCCAGGUUGGGGUACCAAACUUGCAGUGUUUUGUGCAUGCUGACAGCUGCAUGUCUUCAACAGCAAUCUGUCGUUUUAAGGCAGCAGCAGAUUGCAGGAGAAAGUUGAACAGUUUUAACAAAUUACUGAUCACGCAAACAGAUAUAACAAUAACUACAGAACAGGGCAGGUGAGGUCGGAAAGCACCGCACGAUUCUUCGUUUGUUGGCUCGAUUGGUGGACAGCAAGUGCGCUUGUGCGUGUGCGAUAUCAUCGCGUGCAAGUAAGUUUGAAGGUUUGGGGAUUAAAAGUGGGAAUGACAGACGGAUAAAGGAAGAAGAGAGAGGGGACAAGGGUUGGGGGGGGUCUACGGACAGAAGAUACACAUUCUGCAUUAGUUGUCUUAAUGAAAUUUUUAUGGCUGAUGAGUAUGACAGUGAAGGAAGGAUUCCACUUCAGGCAUCAAAAAUAUGGAAACAAUCAUGCAAGCGUAGAAAAUAAACAGGUACUAACUUACCGAGCACCUUUAUUUUUGUUCUGCCGGUAACCAAAAUUUUGUUUCCUUGGAAAAACAAAAUUUCAGAUGACUAAGAAGAAAAAAAAAAUCUCUUCAGCUUACAACACAUCCCCAUAAAUCCUUUACAUGGACAUUCCCAACACAAUUUUGUGCACGAACAUAAUAAAAUGUGAUCUUAUCCUCAUUCUAGAAUCAGGUUCCUGAGUUCAGCUCUUGUGUUUUGCAUGCUGUUUUUUUUUUUUUUGACAUGUUUUGCUGUGAUAUAGCCUUGAUUGGUUGUUUGAUGAAAAAAAAACCAACUUUCCACUCUCUGGGAACAAUAAAUGAACCAUCCACUCGCACAAACAUAAAUCCACAAAUAUCGUAAACUGACAAAGAUUUAAUACUAUAGACUAUGAAAUACAGCUUUUUAUGACAACCAUAUAUAAGAAAUGAUCAAAACAACAAGUGCAUAUAUUCAACUUUAAAUUUUUUUUAUAAGUAUAUACAAAGCGUGUAUAUAUAUAUA